UCCGUUUGAAUAAAAAGGGGGUGUAUAUAUUCUGAUCGAUUACUUCAUUGUCAUAUGCGUCCCAGCAAAGACUUCGCAAAAAGAUGAUCCAUCUUGAAAGAGAGUCUCGUUUUUUUAAACUAAAUAGAAUUCUUCUGCUGGCUAUUGGCCUGUGGCCAAAUCAACAAACGACAUUUUCGCGAAUUCAAUUUUUUCUCUUUUCUAUUAUUUUGUUGACGAGUCUUCUAUUUCAGUAUACACCACUGAUUUCACAAAGAUGUACUCCGGAUUUCGCCAAAAUUUUAUCUUCCGCAACUUUUUUUUCCCUCUUCGUGAUAAAAUAUAUCCUAUUCUCUGUUAAUAUGGAAAAUAUGAAAGAUUUACUGGAACAACUACAACUCAUAUGUAAUGAGUUAAAAGAUGAAAACGAAUUUGAUAUCAUAAACGAAUAUGAAUGCAGUGCCACACGUUUAACCGCUGCACUUACGAUAUGUUCUAUUUCCGGCAUAUUUAUUCUUGCUGUCACUCAAUUUUGGUCGAAUAUACUCGAUAUUAUAUUACCAAUAAACGCAUCUCGACCAUAUUACAUACCACUUCAAGUGGAAUACUUCAUUGAUCAAGAAAAAUAUUCCUCCUGGAUUCUGUUACAUAUUAGUGUAGCGUUUCUCGUCGGAAUAAUUGCAAUGGUAGGAAUAGGAACAACGAUUAUUGCGUAUCUUCAAUACACUUGUGGAAUGUUUAAGAUAGCCAGCUAUCGUAUCGAGCUCGCAAUGAGUAACAACAUGUUACAAAAUAGUAAUGUCAAAAACAAAUUUUCGAUAUUGGAAGGUUUAAUUUGGGCUGUAGACAUUCAUCGACAAGCUAUGAAUCUGUCCACUAAUAUACAAUUAAAUAUUGAACCGAUGGUAUGCUGUUUAAUAAUAUUUGGAGUAGCCUCGAUGAGUCUCAAUAUGUAUCAAAUUUUUCAGAUUAUAUCUGCAGAUGAUAUAUCUUUAUAUAAUGUCAAGGAAUUAAUAAUACCCUUAUUAUAUGCAAUAAUUAUUUUCUUAUAUAUGUUGUUAUCUAAUUGUAUUGGUCAAUAUAUAACGGAUCACAAUCGCGACAUAUUUGUUACGGUAUAUAACGUUCAGUGGUAUAUAGCUCCCUUAUAUAUACAGAAAAUAAUAUUAUUCCUGUUACAAAGAAAGUCCAGAGAUUUUGUGUUGAAUUAUGCCGGAUUAUUUGUCAUAUCUCUAGAAUUUUUUGCCACGCUAGUCAAGGUCUCAGUGUCUUACUUUACAGUUAUAUAUUCUGUACAAUGAUGAGUUUGAAUCAUAUAUGACAACA